AUGCUAAAUUCGUUUACAAACGUGUACACUGCAUUUCCCGCCAUUCAAUCCCGUAGCAGUAACAUGGCCGUGUAUCAACUAGGAAUGAUUGGUUUCUCAGGCUCUAGUGCACGGUUCCAGAGCCUCAGCGAUUUUGAGAAGGAGCAAGAUGAUUUGCAAGCGCAGAUUGACCGAGACAAUUUAAAUGCAAAAUUUACAACGUCUCAAAGUGUCUCACCGGCCAAUAGAAGGGCUAAGAUUACACCAGAUGUCGCUGGUAUACUGCUUGAAAACCAAGCAUUGGAGGAAAUGGGAGGGAUAAACUGGGUUGGAAAGCUACUUGAAUAUCACCAAGCCAAUGCAAUCAAUCCUACUGCAGAAUACUCAGAGAUCGAAAUAUCCCCACAGAGAUUCACCUGCUCUGUAAUCAUCAAGCAAAAAAGCGAGCCUAUCAGUAGUGUGACUUCCUUUGCUCGCAAGAAGGAUGCUAAGCAGUUCAUCUCCAAACUCGCCAUCGACUGGCUCAUCUCCCAGAAAUUCAUGCCAUCCACCGGAGCCGUGAAAUUUCCAAAAGCUCCUAUUGCUCCCCAAACUCCCCCGGCAAAAAUAUACCAUGCACCACUCUCUCCGCUAGAUUCAACCUCAGCUACCGUCAGUCCACGCGAAAGAAGUACCUCACCAACUUCAUACCCAAGCCUGAUUCCAGAUCUAUGCCGUGCGCUUGGAUUUAAUGUGCCCACCUACAGAAUUGUGCCUAUGGUAGAAAAUUCUCCACUCUACCACGGCUUUGCGGAUUUUGGCUCUGAUCCCAGGAUUCUCGGCAAGGUUGGGGAGUUCAGUGGCAUCUACGGCAAAAAGAAGGCGAAGGAGGUUUGCGCGAGAGAGGUUUGGUAUUUUUUGAAGGGUAUCGAGAGGCAAAGACUUGAGGCAACCGAAAACCGGGAGAUGGAGAUCAAGAGGAAGAGAGAGGAAACGCCUCAAAAUCCGGAUCUAAAUAGGCAAAGUCAUAUUGUUGCGGGAAUUUAA